CUAUAAUUUACAAGCUAAACUUACAAGCGGUAACCAGCACUUGAUGCUUAUUAAAGGACAUUGUGGUAUUGGCAAAUCAAAUAAGGCAGCAGAGGAAAUAAAAACACUAUGUUAUUCUGAUGGUUCUUCUGUUUCAAUUCUCAUUAUUUCCGGCCGGCAUAGUCUAGCCCAUGGUCAAAAAGUUCUUUUCGAAGGGUUUAAGUCUUAUCUUGAACUGGAUAUGAAAAAGCUUAAUUCUAAAGAUACUCCGAAACUCAUUAUCAGUCCCGAAAGCAUUCACAAACUUGGAGCAACUGGCUAUAAUAUAAUUAUACUAGAUGAGUUUGAAACUAUCACUCAGAAUUUUAGUAGACCUACUAUGAAAAAACCGAAACUGAGCCAUGAUACUCGCUUAUACAUUUACAAAAUAGAUGCCGAAAAUUCAACUGUGAUAUGGAACCAGCAUGUACAAGAUAAACAUUAUGCUCUUAUAUAUAUUAAUACCAAAAAAUGGAAUGCUGAAUUAAUUGGAGCUCUGAGACAAGGAUUAAAAGUCUAUAUUCCAAUGUUUGCUAGUGUGAAAAUGGCAGAAGCUCUUUAUAAAGAAUUGGUGUCUUAUAGGUAUCGAGGUAAAUGUUUUUCUAAACGGCUAUCAGAAACAGAGAAAAAAGACAUAUUUGCCGAUAUUAAUGAUGCAGUGGCAAAUCUUGAUUAUUUAAUAGCAACUCCAGUCAUGACUUGCAAUAUGUUGCAUCGUGUUAGAAAGUUAAAUCAAAAUGUAGUGCAUGUUCUAACAGAUUUAUGUGGCGAUAAUUUGCCAACAGACCAUGAAGAUUUACCAGCUAUCAAUAUUUUUAAACCAAACGCAUCUUUAGAAACUCAUCUCUAUAAUGCAUCCUGCCAUAAUGCGUCUAGAAACGAUUUUGUAGGUUUACUAGCUGACCAUUUUAGUGAAUGUGGUUAUGACAUUUGUGUUGCUGAAGAUUGCCCUUCUAUUGAUUUAAAAAUCACAGAAAAUAAUAAAAGCAAAGAAUUGCUUUUAAAUGUAUGUUCAAUCAAAAAAGUUCUGAAUACAGAAAAGUAUUCAAUAAUUGCUAAUGCUCCAGUUUUGAGUAAUAUCGAAGCUUCAGAUAUUCGAGAAUGCUUAGAAAGAGAAGAGGAUAUAGACCUAGCCUGGAGACUUGCUUUACAGAAAUACAAUCUAGCAUCUUUUUAUAAAAAGACCCCCAAAGAUAUAACUGAAGAUUUUGUAAAAAAAUAUUCCCAAAAAGAGAUGCGAAAUGCGUAUAAUGCAUUAGUUCAAGCUAUAAACUCUCUUGAUGACUUACGUGAGAAUUAUAGAUUUAUG